AUUUCUUGCAUGCCUGCUCUACUUCCACUUCACAGAUGGAACCAUCCUGCCUUUUCUUCACACGACCUUCCGUCAUUCACUCACUACACCGCCCAACUUUGCCAUUUUACAAGAAUGGUCGUGGCGGAAUGAAUCUAUUUAUUAUGCCAUGCCAACUACUAUUGAUUAUAGGAGGAUCAAUGAAAUCUGUCUUUCCAUUCCUUCCAUUUCUGAACUUGUGCUGUAUGAUUGGCGAAGCAUGCUUAGCAAUGAAUUCUCAGACCUGAAACUUGGAUUUAAAAUUCUAAAAUGCCUACAUCUUGAUUUAGUUCAUCAUGCAACGCUUCCACAUCCCUAUGUGCAUCAGCUCAUCAAGCAUAUGCAGGCGUCCUGAAACUUUGGAUUUAAAAUUCUAAAAUGCCUUCUUCUUGAUUUUGUUCAUCAUGCAACGCUUCUACAUCCCUAUGUGCAUCAGCUCAUCAAGUAUAUGCAAGUGUCCUGAAUCUUUGGAUUUAAAAUUCUAAAAUGCCUACAUCUUGAUUUAGUUCAUCAUGCAACGCUUCUCUACUACAUCCCUAUGUGCAUCAGCUCAUCAAGUGUAUGCAGGUUUUGCUUUUGUUUAUUUUGAGGAUGAACGUGAUGCUGAAGAUGCCAUACGUGGACUUGAUAACAUGCCGUUUGGCUAUGACAGACGUAAAUUAUCGGUGGAGUGGGCUAGAGGUGAACGUGGUCGACAUCGUGAUAGCUCCAGACCAAUGGCAAAUCAGAGGCCUACUAAGACUCUUUUUGUAAUUAAUUUUGAUCCUACUCACACAAGGGUUGAAGAUAUAAAGAGACACUUUGAAAAAUAUGGUGAGGUCAUUCAUGUCAGAAUCCGAAGAAACUUUGCAUUUGUGCAGUUUGAAACACAGGAAGAUGCUACUAAAGCCCUUGAGUGCACUCACAUGACCAAGAUAAUGGACAGGGUUGUUUCUGUCGAAUACGCUUUGCGAGAUGACAGUGAAAGGGGAGAUAGACAUGAUAGCCCUAGAAGGGAAGGUCAUUAUGGGCGAUCUCCUAGCCCACUUUAUCGCAGGCGGCCUAGUCCUGAUUAUGGUCGGGCUCGUAGCCCAGUGUACUCAAAGUACAAUGGCCCAGCUUAUGAUCGACGUAGGAGUCCUGAAUAUGGAAGGAACCGAAGUCCCGAAUUUGGCAGAUAUCGCAGUCGAUCUCCUGUUAGAAGAUGAAGAACUUUAUGGAGCCAAUAGAAGAUCAUGCUGAUUCUAUGUGUUUUUCGCUUCCCUGGCCGCGGGCCAUAGUUUAGAUCUCUGUAGUUUUAUUUACAUUGUUUGCAAAUUAAACGGGUUAUUUUGGCUUGUGAUAUUUACCGCUUUGGAGCUUCUUGAUUAAUAUAAUGCAAUACCUUUCUAUUAGUAUA